AUGGCGCCAAAGCAAACCCAGUGGUUCAGCGGCCGAAAAUCUGAACUGGAUUUGCUUCGAGAUAUUCUAGUGAACGACAAUGCGAAUAGUGAAGAGAAAGUAAUCGUAGCAGCCGUAUCUGGCUUAGGAGGAAGCGGAAAAACAAGUGUUACUGCAGAAUAUAUACACAAAUGGAAAGACUAUUAUCAAGGGGGUGUCUAUUGGCUUUCUGGAGAAGAUGAUGUAAAGUUGAAAGCAACCGUUGAUGACAUUGCAGCCCAAUUCAAUACACUUCAUGAAAAUUCACUUGAAGCUACAUUGUCGAAAACCUUAGCAGUAUUUUCGCGCUUUACAAAACCAUGGCUGAUGGUCAUUGAUGAUAUGGAUCAAUUUAAUCUUUCACAAAUUUUUUUGAAGUUGGUAUCGGGAUCGUGGCAAGCAAACGUCGCCUCCCUUGGUCAUCUCGUCAUGACAACACGAAGAACGCCGCAGGAGUUAAAAGAAGAUGUUCCUGGUUUCAAAGAAUCCAGAUGCUUCAAACUUGAAUGCUUUAGUUCAGAGGAGGCGAAGAAUUUCGUGUUCAAGAGGACUGGGAUUGUUCGCAAUGAAAAACAAGGUUAGCUAACAUUCUGGGUGCAUGUACCUUAUACAACAACAUUAUUGAAAAAUUCAGAAUUGAAAGUCGCACUGAAGUGCAAUUCCGCAUACUUUUAAAAUUAGAAAUGUAAGGUUACUAUAGCGUCGUUAUUAUUUAUCAUUUCAUUUCCAACAACUUAAUUAAGGAAACGUAUUGACCUAUUAUUAAAAAACAUUGUUCACGUUUUGUUGUGAGUUUUUUAAAGACUUCAAGUAGCGAUGGGUGGUCCUUGAAAAUCUUAAUACAGUGUAUCACAAUCUAUAAUUCAAACAACCUAUGACAACUACAUCAAUUAAAUUUCUAAACAUUUCGAUCCAUUGUAAACAGUUGCUAUAUUUCUAAUUAUAUUUUGUAUUAAAUAUUAUCUUUUCCUUGACGUAGACAAGAAUGCAGACCUUCUAUUUCAAAAGCUUGGUGGAUUACCUUUGGCGUUAGAACAAGCUUGUGCUUAUAUCAAAUACCUUGCGUGCACUUUAUCCAACUACUUAGAAUCGUACGAGAAACAGUCCCUUCAACUUCUGAACAAGAGGAAAGCAAAGUCCCCUUACGGAACAUCUCAAGAACGAUUGGCCGUCCGUACAACAUGGCUUCUCAACUUUGAACAUAUCCGAAAGAACGAAAAUGGAAUGAUCGCCAUUCGUUUCAUUAAUGCUUCUGCGUUUAUGAACCCCAAUGAAAUUCAGAGAGAACUCGUUAAUGUCGGAGAACCUCGUGUUGAUGACAAAGCAUAUUGUGAUCAUGUGAGCUCUUCUUUAGGUUCUCGUGAAGUCCUGAAACUCCUGACUGAUUUCUCACUCUUUAAGGAAACGCAUAACUCUUCCCUAGCAGUACAUCGUUUAGUCCAAGAGGUCAUUCGAGAAAAUCUUAAACCGGAAGGGAUAGUUCAAAGCAUUGUUGACGCAGCUCGUUUGUUGCAUUUUGCUUUGUCAAAUUGCCCUUCUCCAGACAUCGUUCUAGACUGUUUUGAUGGUGAGCAUAACGAUCGAUCUUCUCUUUAUUCAACUGAUUCUUCCCGCUUCUACAAGUGGCAUAAGAUGUGUUUACAUGUCUAUGAAAUUAAAACGAAUCUUGAGAAGUUUCUAGAUAUCUUCUGUGAUGUAGAGGAGAAAACCGUUUUUCUGCCAGAAGUAGCAAGAAUAGUCUAUGAAUGUGCUCUACAUUUGAAUUUGAAUAAUUAUAGUAGUCAGGCAAAAAUUGUUGCUGACUUUGCUAAUCGUAUUCUUGACUGGGGUGGAAACGUGAUUUCCGACGACAGCUUGAAGACUUUAUUUCCACACACGUUUCCGCUGUCACAGCCUCUUCGAAGGCGUAUUCAAUAUUCCUGUAAGGCACCUGUUGACACAAAAACUCCUACUACUUCUAAGACCAUUAAAUCAGAAAUUGAAAAAAUGCGCUUGGAAGGUAACAAGCUUUUCAUGGAAAGUAAUUUCCACGAAGCUAUAGAAAUAUAUUCCUCUUGUAUCAAUAGAAGCAAAGGAAGAGAUUCCUUUGACCCUAAGUUGCUUAGCAACCGUGCUUCUGCUUAUCUCAGGUUAAAGCAGUACAAUAAUGCCCUGAAUGAUGCUGAUGAAUACAUCGCGUACUCUCCUGAGUGCUGGAGAGGUUAUGCAAGGAAAGCCUUAGCUCUCCACGAAAUGAAUGAAAAGGGGGGUGCACAGUGUUCUGCAGCUUUAGCAUUUUAUCAUAAUCACGAUAUAUUUGACAAAUUUGAGCCAUUCAAAAUUUCCUUUCCUAAGCUAAAGCAAUGCAUUCAUGUUUGUAAUAGCGUGUCUUCUCUUGUUUCUUUGCUCUCUCCGUUGCCAUAUGUAAUUGUUUCUGAUUUGCCGCAAAAAAUUAUUGUCCUCAAAGCUGGCAGAUAUUGUCUCUCUGCGGAGUGUUUUGAAUUGAUUCGAGCACAACAGUUGUGCUUAGGAAAUGUUAGUCUUGUUGGUGUAAGUGAUACCUCGCCUGAUCUUCAUGUUACACUAUCUUUCAUUGGUAAUUUCAGUUUGCUUUCUUACAAUUUAAUGGCCGUUAAUAUUUCUUUUAUAUUCGACCUUGGAACUUGGUGUACCACUCGCAAAUCUGUAGUUAAGCUUUUUGAAUGUUCUAUCACUAGUAACAGUCAUUGUUCUUUUAUAUCAGAAGGCAGUCUAAGUGUGGAGAAAUGUCGGUUUGCAAAUUGCCAAGGUGUUGCGUUGACCGUUCUUGGGAAUGCUCAGGUGAAUAAUUCUGUAUUUUCAAGUAACGAGAUUGUUGGAUUGAAUGUUUUAGAACCUGGAAAUCUUGUACUUAAGAAUAGCAAACUUCACGGGAACCAAUGGGGUUUACAAGUUCAUAACGGCACGUGUGAUGUUUCGGAUUGUCAAGUUUAUGAUAACAAGAAAAUUGGUGUAGCGAUUGGGGGAGUGAACGGGAAAGCAAAUUGA